CGGGAUUGUUGCAUGGCGCGCGCGGAGGUUUUUGAGGCAGCGGCAGCUGUUCAGUAGAAAGAAGCCUGUUCAGGACGAAAAGCGUCUUCUGAGGUGAGUUGCCAGUGAUGAUGAGGUGACUUGCAGCCUACUCUCAUCUCUCACACGGGACUUCGAAUGUAGCCAACCUGCCCUAUCUCCCCUUCUACCAUUGUUUCAAAUCUGUGGAGAGUAGGCAACAUAAAAAGGAAUACCCAAAGCGCUGUGACUGACUUCAAAGUGCGCAGCAGUACGUAAAAAUAGCAAAGUUGGGAAGAGGAUGCAGAAAUGGGGCUUGUCGCUAUGGAAUUUGAGUUAAAGAACACAUAAGCAGUCCAAGUAGCAUAGUCUGUUCGUCUCAUCUGAAGCUGCGGGAAACAUUUCAACGGCGUUUUGCUGACCGGUGGGAUGUUGUGAGACAUUCGCUCCUCGGGACGGAGAGACUGAGAGCGAAGACUGUAGAGAGAACAAGGGGUCGCGAGGAACUGAAGGAUUAUGGCUCUUGCAACGUUUUCUUUCAGCCUCUUAACGCUCGCCCUCACAAACUUGCACCUGGCUCGAGCCAACAACCGGCAUGCUGUUUAUUGGAACAGCUCAAAUUUACACUUGCGUAAGGAAGGCUACACAGUGCAGGUCAGCGUUAAUGACUACCUGGAUAUCUACUGCCCGCACUACAACGCCAGCCAGCGAGGGGCGCUAGAGCGCUCCACCGCCGAGCAGUAUGUCCUCUACAUGGUCAGCUACCGCGGUUACCGCACCUGCGACCCUCAGAUGGGCUUCAAGAGGUGGGAGUGCAACCGCCCCCACGCGCCCCACGCACCCAUCAAGUUCUCUGAAAAGUUUCAGCGAUACAGCGCCUUCUCACUGGGCUACGAGUUCAACGUGGGCCACGAGUACUACUACAUCUCCACGCCCACUCAUCACCACGGCCACAGCUGUCUGAGACUGAGGGUGUACGUUUGCUGCUCCACGGUGUCCCAGGCAGAUGAUGAUGAUGAUGAUGACAGCCAAACCCCUCCUGACUACACCGUCAGACCCAAUAUCAAAAUAAACGACAUUGAUGAAUUUAACCCCGAAGUUCCCAAACUGGAGAAGAGCGUGAGUGGAAGCAGCCCGUCACGUGACCGCCUGUUACUCACCGUGGCAACGCUGCUCAUUUCCGCCUACUUGGUGUCCUAGCGACGUCUUAAGGACAGCUGGACCGCUCCGUCCAAAGGGCUUCGCAUCCAAUGACCCCUUGUUUCAUUCAAACGUGGGAAGUGAGCCGACCAAUCAGAAGCCAGAUUUACAAUCAAAUUGAUGCCAGUUCAAAAAAAGUUCAAAAGAAAUCAAGAAGCAACACUUCCUUUCAUGGGACUCACUUAUGAAGAGGCCUUCAGAUCCUAUCUCUACACACCUUUCGGCACGCUGUUCAUGUAACUUAACAUGUUGCAGGGCUUUUAGCAUGUGCAACAGAGUUUCCUGAAGCUUGCUGAAAUGACAGCACACCAGGCAUUCAGACAGCAGUGAUACUGCCACCGUGCCCAGUACGGCUAGGUUACACCAGCACUCACACCCAAUCAGGACUCGUAAUUGGAGCACGACCAUCCAUCUAGUAAUAAAGCCAAAUGGCAUUUUGUUUAGAUAGCUGAAAUGACCAAGGACAUUGGAGCUGAAUGGAACACAAGGAUUCUAAACCUAAAUGGACUGAUAGACCUUGGGAAACACAAGCAGGCUUCUAAUGUGGAGCCGAGUCAGCCUUGGCUGUGUUGCAGUGGAGGCCUUGCAGGACCCUUCUGUAUGCUGUACAACAGGCCUCUAAUGUACUGUGCCACUGCUUUGCUAGAUGCUUUGCUAGAUGGGCCAGGGUCAGACUGGAGUGGCUAUCAGACGAUCACAGACGAGCCCUGGUGUGUGUCCCUGGAAACAUACGAGCGGUGGGAGAGGAUCUCUGCCGAGCUUUCAAGUGCGGUAUCUAUUCCCGGCAGACAUCCAAACAGCGUGACUUUGACGAUGGGAGGAGAUGAGAAGCUGUUUUCUGCGGAGGCAAAGAGGUCCCUCUCAGCACUAGUCCGUUGUCUAUCUCGUUUCUGCCUUUGAACCAUCAACACACAUAGAAAAGUACAAACUAGUGCUUAAAGGCCACUUUCGGAAGCAUAGCUGCGCUAGGUCUGCCUGAAACAAGAGUCCGCCCACUGCACUCUCUCAGGCUGUGGCUGUCAGACCCUUUUUCAGCAAUCAAACAACAGAGUGGUUUCGAAUAGUGCUAAAUUACAAUGCUAAAAUCUCCCACUGUUGCAGUGAAUUUCCGUUCCAAUACAGGCACAAGUCUCUAUUCUUCAACCAAUUCAGAGAAUCUUAUAAAAACAUGACUGGCCAUUAUAGCAAUCUCCAGUCACCAUGGAAAUGACCCCAUACAGUCGCCAGAGUGCGGCAGGUGCCUGAGGAGACUGUGCUCUGUGUCACAGAUCACUGUUGCCGCCAUUUUGUUACCAUGCGUGAAUGUGCUACUUAAAACAACAGCUUACAUGUUUUAUACUUGUAACGAAGGACAACAUAGAAUUAUCAAGAGCUAAGCUGUGUUUUUUUAUUUGUUUGUUUCACAUUUGAUAACAUUAUUUAUGUGUGCAUUACUUUAUGUAUUUAUUUAUGCGCAUUUCUAGACUUUUAUAUUAAGCUACUGUGCCAAACGUCCUUUUUUCUCAAUGUUUUGAUUCCUACCAAGGAUUCUUUAAAGUAGAUGGACGUAUAGCUGUAAUACAGUCCAAUGGAGAGAAGUAUUGGCUGAGACCUGUGACCAGAGAUAAUGUAGAGUCAACCUGUUCUUAUGCAACAGAUCCUCCAAACUCAAUUACUUAGCCGACACAAGACGUCUAUGAUGUCAGCAUGAAACAAGAGGAGUGGUGAGAUUGGCUUAAAGUCCGUGCUCCUUCAGUGCUGCACUUAGUCUUGACACACACAAAAUAAGGAGAUUGCAUUGUAAUGUUUAUUCAGGCUGGUUAGGAAAUCAUUGUGUGUGUCAGAAAAAGAGAAAGAAAGAGCGAACAUAUGUGUGCACAAGUAUGUGCGUAUGUAUGGGCUAGGAAUGUGUUUGUCCCUGCUUCGAAUAUGUGUGCAUUUUAGAAAUUUCGUAUUCGUUAAAGGACUUGUUUGUAGGAUCUGAAUAUGCAAGCGUGUAUGAGAGGGUGUGUGGCUCUAUAAUGUUAAAACUUAGUUUACGUUAGUAGGGGGUGGGGAGGAAAAAAAAGCAUUUACUAAUGUUGGAGACAACAAUAAGAAUUGUGUUUACCUUUGACAGGAAUGAAUUUGAGAAAAACUGUACAUUGAACUAAGAAUGA